AAUCUUUGAGCAAAAAGGAGGAGAGACUAUAAGGAGUUAAAAAUGUGGUCUUUGGAAAAAGCAGUACCUGCAAAGACACCAUCUGUCUCUGAACUCAGCUCCGCUGGUACACUAGUAAGUGAGCAAUCGUUGUCAAGUCAUGAAGAGUUGCUUGAUGAUAACCAAGUCUCGUUAAGCGAUGGAGGUUGUGAACAGAUUGAAGAAGACAAAGGGCAAGUUAGCGAACACGAACAAGGACACGUUCCUUCUGAAGUUUCUAAUGAGAAGUAUACUCAACUUGGCUAGUUACAAAUCCAGGCUGAUUCAAAAACUGAUCUUGCUAUUAAGGCUCGGCAAAGUUGCAACAGAGGCUCUGGUGAGGACUCGACCCGCGUAAUAAGUCAAACAUUGCAUAUUCCUUCUUCUACAUAUGCCAACGAGCUCAUAUGUGUCAAAAUAUUGUCUGAAAGUCCUUUACAAAAAGCCAAAACAGCAACUACUAACCGGACUAUAUCAGUUCCUACCUGUGAUUGAAUCAACCCCAGUGGGCCUAAGAGAAACGUUCAUCAUUCUAGCUUCAGCCCGAGCAAUUCUGUCAUCAUAAUGGAUCUAGCGACUCAGAUGAGCAGCAGACAACAUGGCUUAACGAUGACUCCUUUGGAAGUAUGCUCGAGGAUCAAGGUCCGAUAUCAAAAAGGGCUUUAAUACAAAUUCGAUUUAGAAGAGUUUUCCAUGAACCCUUUUACUAAACCCUCAAUUAGCUGAAGCGCACAGCAGAUCGAUGUUGGCGAUCAAGACAAAAAAGAAUCAAGACUUGUUUGACUACAUCUUCAUGGCGCAUUUGUGCUACUAAAGUUUAUAACCAAUACCCAUUCGUAUUGUGCAAAUUUGAUAAAUGCGAGCACCGAUUCCUUUUACGUGGCAAUCCUACUUCGUCUAAUUUCCUUAGACAUCCUGAACGACAGCGUAAUACUAUGACUACGAACUCUUUCUCAAAGGCAUGAAGGGUAAACAAAAUACGUUGGAAACAUUUUCAGCUUUUCGUACCACCGUUUCAAAGCCCGUACCCCUUGCGAAGAGAUUUCUCAGGUUUUUGUUCCUUUACAAUUCAAAGCGUCAUUUGCUCAACGUGUUUAUUGAAGGUAUUAAACCUUUCAGCUAAGUGCUAAGUCAAGGAUUUCGGCUUCUUCUCGAUAACUUUAAUUGCUUGAGACGUUUUUCAGUUUCAUCGAGAAAUACUUGGUUAGCCUUCUCGCACAGCGUGAGACCGAACUUAGUUUACAAUUAAAGUAACUCUUCGUCAAUCUUUCAACCUUUUGAUAGAUAUCUGAACUUACUCAAACCAAAAAAGCUAUUUGGCUGUAAUGGUCUGCUUUUGCCCUAAAUUGAACGGAAAAUCAAAGUUGACUAAAGCUGAUGUGAAAACGGGGAAGAGUCGUAGGAUUCAUAUUCUCGAUUUCAUCAAUGUGAGCUAUCAGAGACACACGGGUGAUAACAUAAAACCGGCCUUGUUAAGCUGCCUUACAAAGUACGCGGUCAGUCAUAGAGUGAACAGCAUCACCUUAGACAAUGGUUCAAAUAACACCUCAAUGCUUGAAGACUCGGAUAAAGAAGUUUAAAAUAGUUCUGGACCGAAUGGUGAUGGAAGUAUUGUCAAGGUAAGACGCAUGAAUCAUGUGUUAAAUCGAGUUUAUCUCGACCUACUGAAGGACUUUGAAAUGCCCCACAAACAAUUACUGUCGAGAAUUGACAAACUAACUUACUUCACAAAGAGAAUAACGAUUCGCUCUUAUAUCCCGUGCACUAUUCCAAAGCACAGUAACAAAGGCUUAUCCCGCGUUUUCGUCAGCUGCAGGCUUUCUUGAAGGUCUCGAGAGGUGCCAAAGAGCUUUUGUUCGAAAGUCGCUUUGAUCCUGAAUAUCAGCUUAGACAGGAAGACUCUUGUAUACGUUGUUAUGAGCGAGGAGAAAUGGAAUCCAUUCUGUUUUUGCUGCGACUCACUCGGCUCUUUCAUGAGUUCACGAUGUUGUUACAAGGUGAUUCCAUGAACUCUUAUAUCAUAGUAUUGAGUAUUACAUGGAGGUAAAUCAGUAUCUCGAUUCUUGUGAAAGGAUCAAUAAUGGUUCAAUGGAUAGCGAUUUUUUACAAACCGCGGGACUGAAGCCAACUCAAUUUAGUGCACCCAAAGAAACACAGGAUGAUAUCCUAGGUGCAUUUGUAGCGGGGCACCCCAAAUUCGAAAAAUAUCUUAAGGUCGCAUAUGAAGAACCUGGCUAUCGGGCUGUAUAUAUCCUGCAACCGCACCGCAAGUCACAUUUGUUGGCUAAUGUUUUGACAAGCCGUUCUCAGACCAUGUUAUAGAACUGGCCAAUGCGUAUAUCACCCAAUACAUCAAAAAAAUCAACGAAAGCUUCGAUAUUCAUCUAAAUGAUGAGCAUCUGAUUACAGCAAGACUCAAACUCGUCAAAGGCAAGAAGUUCAAAGUCAUGAGAAACUUGUCUAAAUUUUGUGAACAGAACCUGGCAACCUGUAGCCGCGCAAUAAAAAAUGAAUGGCAGAUUUAUGUGGACGAGCCCCUUGACGCUGACAAUAGCUAUUUGGAGUACUGGCUCGCAAACCAAAACUGAUUUCCAGCUCUCUGCCUCUAGCCCUUUCGUUUGUCCACACAAAGAUUUCGACCGCUCACGUUGAAAGACGCUUCUCUAUCAGUAGGAGGAUUCUCGAGAAUAUUUCUCACCUGCGAGUGAGAAUCCAAAACGGACCAUAUUUUAAGAACUCGGAUGAAAUGCUCUAAUGUCGACUCAUAAAGUUUAGUGGCUAAAGACAGUGCAUGGGAUUCUUGGAUUGAGGAUGAAGAAACAUCACAAUCGACCAGCGAUUUAGCCCCAAGUUGCAUAAGACCUUCAAAAUAUAAUCCAAAUUUAAUUGCGAUGGUCUCAUCCAGUGACGAGAACGAUGAUAACGAG